CAUGGAGUGCAUCGAUUCCCUUGUAGCUCAUGGGGGCAACAUUGACUAUAACAUCAUCCACCUGGGCACUCCUCUCUAUGUGGCUUGUCAAAAUCAGCAGAUAGCUUGUGCUAAGAAGCUUCUGGAGUCAGGAGCUAGCGUGAAUCAAGGCAAAGGUCUGGAUUCCCCUCUUCAUGCAGUUGCCAGGAUGUCCAGUGGGGAGCUGGCCAACCUGCUCAUGGAUUUCGGAGCAGACACCCAGGCCAAGAAUGCCGAAGGCAAAUGUCCUGUGGAGGUGGUGCCUCCAGAGAGCCCACUGAUCCAGAUCUUCUUAGAAAGAGAAGGACCCCCCUCUUUGAUGCAAUUGUGUCGCCUGAGGAUCCGGAAAUGCUUUGGAAUCCAGCAGCAUCAUAAGAUCAACGGACUUGUCAUCCCGGAGAGACUGAAGCGGUUCCUCCUACACCUUUAA